CUAGCGGUACUGGUCGUUAACUGCCCGAAAUACAUCGCUUUGUAUGGAAGUGGUCAGCAUCACUAACGGGGAGAAGGACACCUUAUUGGCAACACAGUGACGAAUGGUUAAGUUUCUUUAAUGUUCGUGUUACACCUUGCCGGAAGCAAUGAGGAACGUUAUUGUGCUCUCGCUGCUGCUGCUGCUGAACAUGCAUCAUGUCAUAUCGGCACCCAAAGGCGUCACUGCCAGUCUAUCGGCAAAGUGGAGCAUGACGCCUUUCCUCCUGGAGACAAGUGAAUUUAUUGGAGAAGAUGGGAAUGAAAAAUUCUGGCAGUUUGUUGACACCGUGAAAGAGCUCACUGUAUACAAGCAAGGAGAAUCGGUGCGCUCGUACUACAACUUGAUCCUUAAGAAGGCUGGUCAGUUUCUUACAGAUCUUCAAGUUAAUCUCCUCAGAUUUGCUCUGGCCCUGCGGUCAUACUCACCAGCUGUUCAAGCAUUUCAGCAGAUAGCCAGUGAUGAGCCUCCGCCUGAGGCUUGCCCUGCCUUCAUCUCCAUCCAUGGUCAACACGGCUGCAGUACCAAAGACCUCAAGAAGCUCCUGAAGGCAGCUGCAGGCAGGCCAAAACCAUAUUUAUACAAUAAAGACCACACAUAUCCAGGGUUCAAUAAAACAGAUGUGCCAAUCGUGAUCCUCUAUGCGGAGAUUGGAACCAAGAAGUUCACCUCGUUUCAUAAGGUGCUGUCAGAGAAGGCUGGAGAGGGCACACUUAUAUAUGUGCUGCGGCAUUUUGUAGCGAAUCCAAAGCCUAAAAAGAUGCUUUUAUCUGGGUAUGGUGUUGAGCUGGCUAUCAAAAGCACAGAAUACAAAGCCGUGGAUGACACCAAAGUAAAAGAUUCAGGUGCAAACGCUGAGGAAGACAAUAAAGAUGAAGUCCAAGGGUUUGUUUUUGGAACCUUAAAGAAAUCUCACCCUGAACUCGAGGAGCAACUGGUGGAGCUUCGCAGACAUCUCCUCGAGAGUACAAAUGACAUGGUCCCUCUCAAAGUGUGGGAAAUGCAAGAUCUUAGUGUCCAGGCAGCUGCCAGAAUCAUGUCCGUGCCAAAGUUUGAUGCUUUGAAGCUCAUGCGAGACCUCAGUCAGAACUUCCCGAGCAAAGCCAGAUCACUGACAAGAGUGGCCGUAAAGCAGGAAAUGAGAAAAGAAAUCGAGGAGAACCAAAAGCGACUCGGUGAGUCCAUUGGUGUACACCCGGGAGACGGAGAGCUCUUCAUCAACGGACUGCACAUUGAUCUGGACAUUCACAACCCUUUCAGCAUUUUAGACAUCCUCAGAGGAGAGGCCAGGGUCUUAGAAGGGCUUCACAACUUGGGCAUAAAAGGAGAACAUCAAGGCAAGCUGCUGAGGUUACCUGUGAACGCUGUGGAUGACAGCUAUGCCUUAGAUAUCAGACAUCCAGCUAUAAUGUGGAUAAAUGACAUCGAGAAUGACCCAGUGUAUCGCAACUGGCCAUCGGGUGUACAGGAGCUCCUCCGAGCCACUUUUCCUGGAGUCAUUCGGCAGAUUCGACACAACCUCUUCAACCUGGUGCUGUUCCUAGAUCCAGUACGGGAAGAAAGUGUUGAGCUGGUGAAACUGGCAGAGCUUUUCUACAAGCACAAGAUCCCCCUAAGAAUUGGCUUUGUGUUUGUUGUCGACACCAAAGAGGAGAUUGAUGGCUUUUCAGAUGCAGGGGUUGGAUUUUUCAGACUGCUGAAUUACAUUGCAGACGAGUAUGAUUUAUCCCAGGCUCUGAUGUCCAUGGUCUCAUUGUACAACCAAGUAGAAGGAGGAGAGACACUGUCUGUUGAUACAAUCUCUGCUUACCUGAAGAGGAAGUUCCCCAAAGCCAAGGCUGAAAGGAUUCUUGGCGUAGAAUCUGAGUAUGAUGACAAAAGACAAGACGGUGCCCUUUUCUACAAAAAGAGUGGCCUGGGUUCCUUACCACUGGCUUUAUUUAAUGGAGUCCCUCUGAGCCCUGAUGAGAUGGACCCAGACGAGCUGGAAACCCUCAUCCUGCAGCGCAUCAUGGACACCACCACCACCUUCCAGAGAGCUGUCUUUAUGGGUCAGUUGACUGAGGACUCAAAUGUGGUGGACCAUCUCAUGGAGCAGGCAAAUGUGGUUCCCAGGAUGAACCCUCUUAUUUUAAGCACUGACCGGAAGUACCUCGACUUCACGUCCAAACCAGUUGUAGAUGAUUGGGAUGACACAACUAUGUUUUCAUAUUAUGACUCCAGAGACAAAACAGCUGUGAUGGCGAAGAGGAUGAAAUACUUUACAAAUGCUGAUGAGGAUGGGAUGAGUGCUGUGACCAUGUGGAUAGCCGGAGAUUUUGAGACGGUCUCAGGAAGAAAACUGUUACUCGGUGCUCUGAAACGUGUGAAGGCCAGCCCUGGAGUGCGUGUGGGGGUGAUAGAUAACCCCAGUGGAAAGCCAAGCGACGAUAACACUGUGCUGUACAGGGCUAUCUGGGCCUCUCUCCUCACCCAGAAGAAUAAGGCUGCAGCAGAGUUUGUGCAAAAACUCCUGAGAGAGGAGAGUAGCCAGCUCCUCCAAAAGGGGACCAAGAUGAAGGACUUACUGAUGCAGGGCAUGGACAGAGAUGCCUUUGAGAAAAAGUUCAACACCCUUGAAGUGGAUUUUAUUCGUAGUCAGCAGCUGUUCUGUCGAGACGUCCUGAAAUUAAGUCCUGGACAGCAGGCGGUGAUCAGCAACGGCAGGAUCCUCGGCCCAUUUGAAGAGCAGGAAGAAUUCACUGUGGAGGAUUUCCAGCUGCUGGAGAAGAUUACUCUGAGCAGUUCUGCAGAGAAAGUCAAAGCCAAAGUUAAACUGAUGGGGAUGAAAGCAAAGCACGCCAGUGACUUAGUCAUGAAAGUCGACGCCCUCCUAACUGCAGCACCCAAAGGAGAGGUCAGGAGGGAUGUCCACUUUAUCAAAGACAGCCACAGUGUGCUCCGUCUCUCCCCACGUGAGAACGAGGUUUUCUAUGACGUUGUGGCCAUCGUUGACCCUCUGACGAGGGAGGCUCAGAAGAUGUCCCCGCUACUGAUCGUGCUCAGUCAAGUGGUCAACGUGAGACUGCAGGUGUUUAUGAAUUGCAGGGCCAAGUUGUCCGAGAUGCCCCUCAAGAGCUUUUACCGCUUUGUCUUGGAGUCUGAUGUGAAUUUCUUGGCCAACAACACAGUAUCUCCAGGUCCUGUUGCCCGCUUCAUGGAACUCCCAGAAUCUCCUCUUCUCACCCUUAUUAUGAUUACGCCAGAGAGCUGGAUGGUGCAGGCUGUCAGCAGCCCCCACGACUUGGAUAACAUCCACCUACAGGAGGUGAACGGGGUUGUGACAGCAGAGUACGAGCUGGAGCAUCUUUUGCUGGAGGGCCACUGCUUUGACCUGUCAACAGGCCAGCCUCCUCGUGGCCUGCAGUUUACCCUGGGCAUGAGUCGGGACCCACUCAUGUAUGACACUAUCGUCAUGGCUAACCUGGGAUAUUUCCAGCUGAAAGCAAAUCCUGGUGCUUGGACCUUAAAAUUACGUAAAGGGAGAUCAGAGGAUAUCUAUCAGAUUCUCACGCAUGAUGGAACCGAUUCCCCCGCAGAUGCCGGUGACGUCCUGGUUGUUCUGAACAGUUUCCACAGUAAAAUCGUCAAAGUCAGAGUGCAAAAAAAGGCAGACAAGAUGAAUGAGGAUCUUUUAAGUGAAAAUAGUGAAAGCAAAGGCAUUUGGGACUCUAUAGCAAGCAUCACAGGCGGUGGCUCCAAGAAGGAUGAUGGAGAGAAAAAGAAGGAGGAUGUUCUCAACAUAUUUUCGGUGGCCUCGGGCCAUCUGUACGAGCGCUUUCUGAGAAUAAUGAUGCUGUCCGUCCUUCGGCAUACCAAAACACCUGUCAAGUUCUGGUUCCUCAAGAACUACCUCUCUCCAUCGUUCAAGGAGACCAUCGCUCACAUGGCAGAGAAGUAUGGCUUCCAGUACGAGUUGGUGCAGUACAAGUGGCCCCGUUGGCUCCACCAGCAGACUGAGAAGCAGCGCAUUAUCUGGGGAUACAAGAUCCUCUUCCUGGACGUUCUGUUCCCCUUGGCCGUGGACAAGAUCAUCUUUGUGGACGCCGAUCAGAUAGUUCGGGCCGAUCUGAAGGACUUGAGGGAUUUCGACCUGGAGGGUGCUCCUUAUGGCUACACUCCGUUUUGUGAUAGCCGCAGAGAGAUGGAAGGCUAUCGCUUCUGGAAGAGCGGCUACUGGGCCUCACAUCUAGGACACAGGAAAUACCACAUCAGCGCUCUGUAUGUAGUAGAUUUAAAGAAGUUUAGAAAAAUUGCGGCUGGAGACAGAUUACGAGGCCAGUACCAAGCCCUGAGCCAAGACCCCAACAGUCUGUCCAACCUGGACCAGGACCUUCCCAACAACAUGAUCCACCAGGUUGCCAUCAAGUCUCUUCCACAGGAGUGGAUGUGGUGUGAGACCUGGUGCGAUGACACCUCCAAAGUCUCGGCUAAGACCAUAGACCUGUGCAAUAACCCAAAGACCAAGGAGCCCAAGCUAACGGCCGCAGCCAGGAUUGUGCCCGAGUGGGUUGAAUACGACAACGAGAUAAAGCAGCUCCUGGGACGGGUGCAGGAACAGGAAGACACGGCAACACAAAAACAGACUCCUUCUCCCUCACAGCAUGACAAAGGAGACGACAGACGUGAUGAACUUUAGUGCCUGGCAGCAUCGCUCUGAGGAGGAAGGAGGCAGGAGGCAGCAUUGUUCUAAGGAGGCAGGAGGCAGCAUUGUUCUAAGGAGGCAGGAGGCAGCAUCGUUCUAAGGAGGCAGGAGGCAGCAUCGUUCUAAGGAGGCAGGAGGCAGCAUCGUUCUAAGGAGGCAGGAGGCAGCAUUGUUCUGAGGAGGAAGGAGGCAGGAGGCAGCAUCGUUCUGAGGAGGAAGGAGACAGGAGGCAGCAUCGUUCUAAGGAGGCAGGAGGCAGCAUCAUUCUGAGGAGGAAGGAGGCAGGAGGCAGCACCUUUUGCAAGCAGGCUUCCUGUGAAGCUUGGAGACCAGACAAAUCCAUCUCAACAUAGCCACGGAGCAUUGCAUCCCCCGCCGGAGAAGGACGUGAUAUUUUCAGAGAUGCCAUGUCUGCUUCUGCAGUCAAUGUCUUACAAAAUUAACACAUGAUGCAAGUGUUAACUGCCAACUGUGAACUUGUGGGGCGCUAUCAGCUCCACAAUCAGGGUCUCGGUUAGUUUGUGGUUACCGGAGAAUGAAGUGAGCAGAGGAAAUAGUGGGGUGUGGUCAGUCAAAGCACUCUGAUUAGGUUUGUUUAGAAAUAAAUGGUAAAUUGCACUGAGAAUGUAUGCAAAUAAUCUAAUAGUGAAUGCACAUCUCUGAGAAUCUAAUCUCAAAGUUUAAUGUUUCUUAUUCUAGAAAACGUUCUGAAAGCUGAUGCAUUUAGGUGUUCUUAAUUUGAAGUUGACUAAAAUGCCCAAACCCCAAAAAUGUAAUUUCACAACAGGCAGCAAAGUGGUUACAAUUGACCUUGGGCACUGUGUGGUUAUUAUUGGGUGUAGUUUUUAUUUUUGCUGAAGGAAGGAUAGUCUAGGGAAGGUUUUCUUUUUUUAGUUGAGCCUUCUCUUGCGAGAAUUAUUCUAUAAAAAUUGGAUCUAAUGCUUACAUCAAAAGAUGGCUUUCAUGGGCCUUAAAGGUACAUUUUCUAUCAGGGCUUUAUUGAUUUUCCUCAUCACCAUCAAACCCAUAAUGCUAAUGUCCGGGUUUUGGAAAACGCAAUGCGGAUCAUUUUAGUUAUUACUUAUUGAGCGUCUCUACAGUACAUAGCCGCUCCUUUUUUUUAUUAUGAAUUAUAAAGUUAAAACGUGUCGUACAAAGUUUAAAUGUGAUCCACAUUCAGCAUCAAUAUGGCCGGUUCUGCACACACGUUUCCUUCAGUCCACAUGGAUCUGAACGCAGUGAUAAACUUGUGUUUUGAUUAUAUUUGUCAGUGGUACGUUGUCAAAUGUAAUCGAUACAAAGUUUUACUAUUUGGAAAGCGAGGCUGUGGUAGAAAUAGUCAAAACAAAUUAAAUAAAAGUUCAGGUGUCAUAAAGGUUGAAGAGUAUCAGUUUAUCUCAGCAGCUUCUUGCGUUACAGGUGUUUUUUUUUAAAAAACAUGAUUUGUGUAAUCAUCACUAUCCAGUGCUGAUCCUUUGACCCGUAUGAUGUGGGAGAUGUCCGACUGCCCUCCCCCAAAUGAUCUUGUCAGUCUGUCCCGACAAAGUUACGUCAUGCAACAUUUAUAUUAGAUGACAAACCAGGCAAGACUUAGUUAUUCCUAAAUGGAUCAAACAAUCCUCAUUUGCACAUUUAUGGUCAUGGUUUAUGGAUAAAAUGGAAGUGUUGUUUACAUCUUGCGUACAUUCAACUUUACUGUAUUACUUAAUUUUUCAUUAUUCAAAUUCCACAAUAAAUCAGUGUUUAUUUUGUCUCAGGUAUAACAGGUGUUGCUGCUCAAGCCCCCCCAUCUUAAAUUAAAAAAACUCAAGGGUGCUGCUCUCAGGACACAAUCCUCUACUGUGUUGUCCAAUAGAAAUGUUUAAAUUACUGUCUCGUGGGAGAACAAUAAAUACUUGCCACUUAACAGUUAAUAGACAGUCUGAAAAAAAAAAAAAGGUACAUAAAUAGGUCUUUAUUUACAUUUCGAUAAACUCCAUCCAUAUAAAAAUAGUACUGCGCCUAUGUAAAAGUUGAAUCUUAUGAAUGGAUUAUUAAUUGUACAAUACUUGGAAAGGAUGCAAGUGUCAGAAUCAACCACUCGCAUAUAACGGAUAAAAGCUGCUCCACACAUGGCAGAUAUUUGUUAGCAUAGCAACAGACCCUCCCCAAAUGGAAUUCAAAGUUGUAUUAUUCAACAACAAAGAUACAUAUUUAAUUAAGGUCACUGAAUUAAAGUCACGAUUAGCUCCUCGUCCUUUGUGAGACAUUCCUCAUGCCAUUGAGCUCCCUUUUAAUAGGGAGGAAAAUCCACAAUCUGCUCCAGCUACGCUGGAUAUGAACUUCCUCAGUUGAAGUUGAACUUAAAGUUGAACGGUCCAGAGCCAAAUGGAUUGAAACCCUGAUGAUGAUGAUGGUGAUGCUGCUGACGACCCUGCUGGCUCUCCGGAUCCAUGGGAUCCUCCCCGUGGUCGAACUUGGUUCUCAUCUCUAAAGAAAAAUAGAACAUGUCAGUACAGAACAACUUAUUACUGAAAUGAAUAUGUUCUUUAGCUUUUCAUAUAGGAAAUCAAUCCCUCCAGAAAUAAUUUUUAAUUACAAUUUUGUCUCAAACUAAGAAUUUUAAUUGUUUACAUUUCAGUAAUUUAAAAAAGUUAGCUUGAGCCAAAAGGUUAUAGGUGGUUUGUGGAUGAUGCAGUUUGAGAAAAGAAAAAAAAAAAAAAAAAAAA